GUUUACUUGUUGAUACUCUUCACAUGCUUUCACACAAGCAAUUUCGAAAAAGAACCAAAUGUCGAAUUGAACCAUUCUAAGUGUUUUGUAAAAAAUGACGGAAGAAGUGAUUCAUGCAAAGCGAAUAAAAUUGGACACGGACGAAACGAAUGUGUCAAAUGAACGUUGUGAAGCUGAUGAGUCAACAAAGUGGAAAAUCAAAGCCAUUUUAUCCGAUGAAUAUUAUGAGCCGUUGAAACGAUGUUUUGCUUACGCCGGAGUUCUAAAUGAUACCAAAUUAAUAGGCAAAGUAAUGAAUGAAAUAUAUCAACGAAUGCCAUUGAAUGAGCUGAACCAUUUGAAAAGGGUGAAUAAAACGAAAUUACUGUUAUGUUCAAUGAAUGAAAUGUUGCAAUUUCUUUGUGAAAAUCACGAGAAUGAGUCGAUUCAAGCAAUGCUACCGCUCAUAAACACCACAGCUGACGGUCAACUGGCGACUGAAGAUGAUUUACGAGUUGCCAAAGACGAAGUGACCAUUUCUCUGGCAAAACUGUACAUGACCUCCAAAGAGAUAUCCACGGAAGUGAUAGCGGUUCUAACGGAAAAAGUGGAAAUAGCAGCCGUUUCGGCUGAAGCACCAGUUCUGAGUUGGCAAUACGCGGAUGUGGCAAAAGAUUGGCCGUGUAAAUUCCAUCCGAAUAAAGAUCUGGAAAAAAUGUACAACGGAAAGUGGUUCACAGACACGGACACGGCAUUUCAUACUAAAAUUAUGGAGAUUUGCGGAUUUUUGUGCAAAGAAUUGAAGAAGCAAGUGUCUGGCAUUGCGGUGGAUCCACGAACAAAGUCAAUCGUUGCAAUUGGUUUCGAUGAAUGCGAUCGACAUCCUUUGAUGCACUGUACAAUGGUACUCAUUGAUGGUGUGGCCAGAUCACAGAACGGUGGCGCUUGGAAUGAAUACCUAGUCAAUACGGAACUUUAUUCAAAUGACGAAUCCGCAGAAUAUACACAGUAUGGUGUGAGUUCGUACCUUCGAAGAUUAAUCACUUCCAAAUUUCCGGCCAUCGAUGGCGGGCGAUCGAUUACAUUCGGCGCUGAACGAGUAAGAUCGGAUGCGGAAAGUCGACAAAUUUUGGAUAUAGAUGUGAAUAGCGAUAAUUUAGCGAAAUAUGGGCCGUACCUGUGCACGGGCUACGAUGUGUAUUUGUGGCGUGAACCAUGCGUCAUGUGCAGCAUGGCAUUGACCCACAGUCGAAUACGCACCAUUUUCUUCCAUCAGACCCAAUCGAAAGGUGCAAUUAGGUCGCUGACCAAACUUCAAUCGGUCAAAGCUUUAAAUCAUCAUUUUCAAGUAUUCCAUAUCACGGCAGACAGUUGAGAUUUUUUUUUAUCGCACGUGAAAUGUAAAUAAAAUGUGUUGACAUUUUCAAUUAUUCGAUAUUGUCAUUGUGACUGAAGAGCAUUGUUCAUUUAGAGAUAUUUAUAAAAUGAAGAAAAAAAUCGGCCAUUUCGAAAUAAAAUUGUUAAACUGAAAACAGAAA